CUCUUUGGCUAUUAUGAUAAUGCUACUAUGAACAUUCGCUUGCAAGGCCUUUUUGCAUGGACAGCCAGUAGAGGGGACUUCAUGUUUUCUGCGGAUCGUUUGAUCAGACUUGUUGUGGAAGAGGGAUUGAAUCAGCUGCCAUAUAAAGAAUGCACAGUGACCACUCCAACAGGAUACAAAUAUGAAGGAGUGAAGUUUGAGAAGGGAAAUUGUGGAGUCAGCAUAAUGAGAACGGUAGGUUCUCAUAUCUUGAUUUUGUCUCUUUUGCACACAUAGAAACAUCGGCUGUUUUCCAGGGAGAGGUCAGUUUGCUGUCAUAAUUGCAGCCUGCUUUUGCUUAAAUCUCACCACCUGUGUUGACUGACCUCAUGGUGUGUUGGAAUCAUGGCCUGUGUGCUGCUAAAUGUGGCAAAUUUUAACUCCAGAGCAUCUUCCCUAGUGGCCUGCUCCUGUGGGCAAGCCAUCUUU